AUGCAGUCUAAAAGAACAAGAGAAGAGUGGGAACGUGUUUUAUCUAGCGAACUGGGGAGGCUAGAUGAGGUUGAUAGAGAUCAGGUUGAAAGAGGAAUAUUUAUACCUUUGCUUUGGAGUUACUACGAUUUACCUUCUGUGGUAAGACGAUGUUUCUUGUACUGUGCCAUGUUUCCAAAAGACUACGAGAUGCGCAAAGAUGAAUUGGUGAAGAUGUGGAUGGCUCAAGGUUACCUCAAGGAGACUGCAGGUGGAGAUACGGAGCUUGUAGGAGAGCAGUAUUUUCAAGUCUUAGCAUCGCGCUCUUUCUUCCAAGAAUUUGAGACGGAUGAGGAUGAAGGAAUGAAAUUCAAGAUGCAUGAUAUAGUGCAUGAUUUUGCCCAAUAUAUGACAAAAAAUGAAUGUCUAACAGUGGAUGUCAAUGCCCUUGGAGAAGCAACAGUGGAGACUUCAAUUGAAAGGGUCUCUCAAGCAAUUACCGAAGGCGAUUGGAAAACUUACCAAAUUGAGGCAUCUCCAGAUUUAUGGUUCAGGUGCUUACACUCCGUUAUUGUGAAAACGUGGAGAUUGCCCAACCUUGAAAGCCUGGAAUUGAGGUCGUUGAAGCUGAGAAGGUUGGGUACUGGAUUUUUAGGUAUAGAAAAAGAUGAGAAUGCCAGUAUUAAUGAAGGAGAAAUUGCAAGGGUCACUGCUUUCCCCAAAUUAAAAAAACUUGAGAUUUGGAAUCUCAAAGAAGUAGAAGAGUGGGAUGGAAUUGAAAGGAGAUCAGUGGGAGAAGAAGAUGCCAACACAACUUCAAUAAUAUCCGUUAUGCCACAACUUCGAGAUUUGAUGAUUCAAAAUUGCCCAUUGUUGAGAGCACUACCAGACUAUGUUUUGGCAGCGCCUCUACAGGAAUUAUUCUUAAGUGGUUGCCGCAAUCUAAGGAAACGUUACGGGAAGGAGGAGAUGGGUGAAGAUUGGCAAAACAUUUCUCACAUCCCAAACAUUUGUUUUGAUGAUUAG